AUGCAUCUGUACAAUCUGACGUUGCAGCGGGCGUCGCACGUCACGAUUGCCGUGCAGGGCAACUUCGCCGGCACCAAGCAGCAGGAGAUCGCCCUGGCGAAGGGUCGCAUCCUCGAGCUGGUCCGCCCUGACCCGGCCACCGGCAAGGUCCACUCCGUCCUCUCGGUGGACAUCUUCGGCACCAUUCGCUCGAUGAUCGCCUUCCGCCUGACGGGCGGCUCCAAGGACUACCUGGUGAUCGGCUCCGACUCGGGGCGGAUCGUCAUCCUCGAGUACAUUCCGGCGAAGAACUGCUUCGACAAGGUCCACCAGGAGACGUACGGGAAGAGCGGCUGCCGGCGCAUCGUGCCCGGCCAGUUCCUCGCCAUUGACCCGAAGGGGCGCGCGGUGAUGCUGAGCGCCGUGGAGAAGCAGAAGCUGGUGUACAUUCUUAAUCGAGACACCGCCGCCCGCCUCACCAUCUCCUCGCCGCUGGAGGCGCACAAGUCGAACAACGUCGGCUUCGAAAACCCCAUGUUCGCCUGCCUCGAGAUGGACUACGAGGACGCGGACACCGAUCCGACGGGCGAGGCAGCGGCGCAGACCACCCAGUCGCUUACCUUCUACGAGCUGGACCUGGGGCUGAACCACGUCGUGCGGAAGUACAGCGAGUCGCUGGAGGAGCACGGCAACUUCCUCAUCGCCGUCCCCGGCGGCUCCGACGGCCCCUCCGGCGUGCUGAUCUGCUCCGAGAACUACAUCACCUACAAGAACUUUGGCGACCAGCCGGACAUUCGGUGUCCGAUUCCGCGGCGGCAGCACGACCUCGACGACCCCGACCGCGGCAUGAUCUUCGUCUGCAGCGCCUCGCACAAGACCAAGUCGAUGUUCUUCUUUCUGGCGCAGACUGAACAGGGCGACAUCUUCAAGAUCACCCUCGAGGUGGAGGAGGACAUUGUGACGGAGCUGAAGAUCAAGUACUUUGACACGGUGCCGGUGGCCACCAGCCUCUGCGUCCUCCGCACCGGCUUCCUCUUUGUGGCGGCGGAGUUCGGCAACCACUACCUCUACCAGAUUGUCCACCUGGGAGACAACGACAACGAGCCGGAGUUUAGCAGCAGCAGUCCGCUGAACGAGGGCGAGACCUUCUACUUUGCGCCCCGAACCCUGAAGAACCUCAUACUGGUGGACGAGCUCGAGUCGCUGUCGCCGAUCAUGCACUCCACCGUGGCCGACGUCGCCAACGAGGACACGCCGCAGGUGUUGAUGGCCUGCGGCCGUGGCCCCCGCUCCACCUUUCGCGUCCUCCGCCACGGCCUGGAGGUGAGCGAGAUGGCAGUGAGCGAGCUGCCGGGCAACCCGAACUCAGUGUGGACGGUGCGGCGGCGGGCCGAUGACCGCUUCGACUCCUACAUUGUCGUCUCCUUCAGCAACGCCACGCUGGUGCUCUCCAUUGGCGAGACCGUGGAGGAGAUCACCGACUCGGGCUUCCUCGGCACGACGCCCACCAUCUGCUGCGCCCAGAUUGGCGAGGACGCCCUGGUGCAGGUCUAUCCGGACGGCAUUCGCCACAUUAGGGCGGACCGGCGGGUGAACGAGUGGCGGGCGCCGGGCAGGAAGGCCAUCGUCCGGUGCGCCCUGAACGCCAAGCAGGUGGUGAUUGCCCUCAGCGGCGGGGAGAUUGUCUACUUUGAGAUGGACGCCAGCGGGCAGCUGAACGAGUACACCGAGCGGAAGGACAUGAACUGCGAGGUGAUCUGCAUGGCGCUGGGCGAUGUGCCGCCCGGUGAGCAGCGCUGCCGAUUUCUGGCCACCGGGCUGGCGGACAAUACGGUGAGGAUUAUCUCGCUGGAUCCGGCGGAAUGCCUGACGCCGCUGUCGAUGCAGGCGCUGCCCGCCCGCGCCGAGUCGCUCUCCAUCGUGCAGAUGGGCCUCAACCGGUCCGAUGAGAAGCGCCUCUUUGGCGGGAAGCUCUACCUGAACGUCGGCCUGCAGAACGGCGUCCACCUGCGCACCGUCCUCGACGAGAACACCGGCGACCUGUCGGACACGCGGACGCGCUACCUCGGCACAAGGCCCAUCAAGCUCUUUCAGGUGGUGAUGCAGGGGAAGGACUCGCUGCUGGCGCUGAGCAGUCGCAGCUGGCUGUGCUACUACCACCAAAAUCGCUUCCACCUGACACCCCUUUCCUACGAGCCGCUGGAGUACGCCGCCGGCUUCAGCUCGGAGCAGUGUCCGGAGGGCAUUGUGGCCAUCAGCGGUAAUACGCUGCGCAUUUUGGCGCUGGAGAACCUCGGCAACGUCUUCAACCAGCAGUCCUUUCCGCUGACGUACACGCCGCGCAAGUUUGCCGUCCACCCGGAGACGGGCUACAUUGUGCUGAUUGAGUCCGACCACAAUGCCCUCACGGCGGCGGAGAAGGCGGCGAGGAGGAGGGCGGUGGCCAAUGAGAUGAUUGCUGAGGCGGCGGCCACCGGGACGGAAGAGGAGCGGCUGGCGGCUUCGGAGGCUGCGAACGCCUACCUCGCAGAGGAGGACCACCUCCCGGAGGCGGUGUACGGCUCGCCGAAGCCUGGGGCGGACCGGUGGGCGUCGCUGGUGCGCGUCCUGCACCCGAUCACCGGGCGGACGCUGGAGCUGGUGUCGCUGGAGCAGGACGAGGCGGCGGUCAGCCUGGCCCUCUGCCGCUUCAGCAGCGCCGCCGCCAGCAAGGACGCCGGCUGCUACUACGUGCUGGUAGGCGUCGCCCGGCGGAUGCGCCUGCUGGACCGGGCGCACCAGGGCUGCGAGGUCCUGACCUUCCGCUUCGACGCCGACCUCGAGCACCUGGUGCUGCUGCACCGGACGGCGGUGGAGGACGUGCCGCGGGCGAUUGCCCCCUUUCAGGGGCGGGUGGUGGUGGGCGUCGGCAAGCUGCUCCGCCUCUACGACCUGGGCAAGAAGAAGCUGCUGAAGAAGUGCGAGAACAAAUCGAUUGCGAACUGCAUCAGCACGGUGAACACCUACGGCAAUCGCAUCUUUGUGAGCGACAUUCAGGAGAGCUACUUCUUUCUGCGGUACAAGGCGGCGGAGAAUCAGCUCAUAGUCUUUGCCGACGACAGCACGCCGCGCUGGGUGACGGCCACGGCGGUGCUCGACUACAACACCGUCGCCAGCGCGGACAAGUUUGGCAACCUGGCGAUCAUCAGGCUGCCGGAGGACGUCAACGACGACGUGGACGACGACCCCACCGGCCUCAAGUCGCUCUGGGACCGCGGCUGGCUGGGCGGCGCCUCGCAGAAGGCCGCCUCCAUUGCCUCCUUUCACCUCGGAGACAUGGUGCUCUCCCUGGUGAAAGCGACUCUCAUUCCGGGCCUCUCCGAGGCGCUGCUCUACACGACGAUCAGCGGAGCGGUCGGUGUCCUGGUCCCUUUCACCUCAAACGAAGAUCGGGAUUUCUUUCAGCACCUGGAGAUGCACAUGCGGUCGGAGAAUGCACCGCUGUGUGGGCGUGACCACCUCGCCUACCGCUCGGUGUACUUUCCGGUGAAGCACGUCAUUGAUGGCGAUCUGUGCGAGCAGUACAAUUCGAUUGAGCCGGGGAAGCAGCGGUCCAUUGCCGAGGAGUUGGAUCGGGUGCCGGCGGAGAUUUCAAAGAAGCUCGAGGACAUGCGGACGCAGUAUGCCUUCUAG